CUUGAAUAAAGGUGUCAGUUUUUGUGCCAGUUAAAAGGGUAAAACCUAUUACUAUAAGUAUUGUCUUUUGUAUGAGCAAUAUUGGUAAUAGCGCUAAUAAUACAGAUGGUAAAAAUUUAAUAAAAAUACAUCUCUGUGGUGAGGCUUCUUUAAGGUGAUUUUUUUGAUUUAACAAAAAAAAUGUCGUCGUGACCACGAUUCGUGAUAAUCGGAUCGCGGGGGGUGGGGUCUGGUUGGCUGAGAGCAUCCAUCGCUCUCAUUGGCUGAGAUAAUAAUGGGGGCGGGUACGUUUCCUCGGCCUGUGCUGCUGCGUGUUCUCAUUCGUCAGAACUUUGUCGAUAAAGUUUUAAUUUAAUUUUUUUUUUGUAAAAAUGUUCUCCAGGAUGAAGAGCGCUCUACGAGGUCACGCUAAGCAAGGUCUGCCUGUAUUAGGCAACGUCAGUGCCUUCGGCGCUGACACGAAAUAAAUCACGUAUAACAAUGGGUUCGUGAAUCGGUCUCUCGGAAUUCUGGAGCAACGUUUCCCAGUCUCAUUUGCUUGGGCAUGAACCCCUCGUUCAUCCGCAAGAGUGCGCGUGACCUGUUACCUCCAUUGCCGCUAGGAUUGUCUCACUUGUCUGUUACCAGCAAUUCCAGGGAAGCUAAAUUGCAGUCCAGCCACGUUGGUACGACGUUAAUAUAAGAUGUUGUCCUCGUGGAUUGCUGAAGCUAGAAAUAAACUUUGGGCCAGUUUUGAAUUUCUAAGUCUUGCUCCCACCUUGGAGGCUGCACAGCUCAAGUCUUUGUUUAUUGUGGUAGUAGUCAUCAAGGCGUUUCCGAACAGUGCCGCAUUACGCGAAAACAAUUACACCUAAAUAUAACGAUACAGUUCGACGAGGUACGAUGUACGCUCACAGUGAGAUGGCGGGACAAAUAACUGAGGGUCUGCCGCGUGACUGCAUCAUUCCGCAUACUCUAUCACUGUACCGCUCAAGGAAGUAGUUUGCCGUCGACCGCUCAGAAAGGGCGUUAUAACGGGAGCGCUGCGCAUUAUAAUGUACGCGUGCUGCGUUGUGCGAAAAGUGUUCCCAAAUGGAAGAGCCGCGUUAUAGCGAAAACGCGUUGUGUGAACACGAUAAUACGGACUUACCAUAUUAUCGUGUAAUAGCAUGGUGGGUCUUUGAUGACUGAUAUGCGGAGUAGGCCACUGCCUCGUGUGUGUCUUAUGAGUUCUCUCUCGUCGAUAUCCUCCCGUAUGCAAGUCAGUGGAACAUCGCAGUACGGUAGCGGAUAUUCAGGUAACACUGCACAGCUGCUCAAUAAGUGCUGCUGCUAUCAUUGCGCUGCUGUUGCAGUUUCAGUUGCAGCUCCCAUGCUUUCUGUUUAUUGUGUAUAUUACAAAAGCUUUCACUCAAAUUUACGAGGUAUGUUUUACUGGUUUUGUUAUUCUAAAUAUUACGUUUUUGGUUGGUUGCAACGGGAGUAAAAUUACUCUCAGCAAUGCUAUGAUUAGCAAUACUGUGCUGCAUUGCUGGCCAAGCAGAUACAGUAUUGAAUUACAGGGCGACUUAUAAAUAUAUGGAUGUAUCUGUGUGUUUAGUAUAGCGAGGUAACGCGCUUUGCUACGAAACCAGCUAUCCGAGUUCGAUUAUCGCUCACGGCCACCAACACCAGUGACGAUUAUCUGAACUGGUCCUGGGCCACCCCUAUGUCAACUCAGCCUCAAAUGAGUACUUGGUGCGAUGUGUACACAUUGCCACGAGGGAGACAAAGACGGCCGGGCAUGGUGCUGGACACUCAUCCCUUCGUGUAGCGUCCCGGCCUUCAUAGGUGCUACUUAAAACACUUGCCCCAAAAUCCUGCUAAGACUAUAGGGGGGGUCUUUGUCACUUCCCCGUUCGAGUUCAACGUUGAUAAUGUAUUCCGCCUGGUGUUGUAUGUGUGUGCUAUAGAAAUAAUUUGGAUACUUUUUUCAUAUCAACAGCUAACCUUGAAGCGUAACAUGGCACAAAUGGCAGUGGACAUGCCGGUCUGCAGGUUCCUUCGUCAACACCGCGUGGAGCUGGAAAGCUGCCUGUCCAGAAACCCAUUGUCCGUGCUCACACUCUCAGAUGAGCGGGGCAUAGUUCAGCCCCCAGAGUAUCGCACCCUGAACAGUGUGAGAGACCCCCGUGAGCAGAUGCGGCAACUGAUCGACAGAGUUACUGCCAAGGAGGAGUCGGAUUGCCGGAGCUUCGUGGCACACGUGCUCACUCCGCUGUGCUGCACGGUCAGCGGCCUGGACGUGUGGUUCACGCGGAACGAGUCCAUGCUGGCCAAGAUGGGUUUCCUGUCCGUAGAGAGUUGCAUUUUGAAAACCUACAAAGAAUACUUGAAGGAAAGGACUUCGAUCAUGAGAAGCUAUGAUGCCAGGCCCACAGAGCACAGUUGCAUCAAAGAGCGGUGUGUGGAGCCCAUCUUGGUGACUUAUGAUUACGUGGAUGAAAACAAACAACACGAGAGUGAAGUCAGACUCAACGCACACGAGAACAUUGUACAGCGAAUGAAGAGAGAUGGGUUCAAACACAAUCAGCUGUUUGACCCCAUUGAGGAAGAGCGACCAUUGAUAGUGUUGCUCGUGGGCACUGCAGGCAGUGGCAAAACUACAAUGAGCAACUUUAUAGUGCACCGCUUGCUUUCUGGAGAGCCAGUAUUCUCCUGUAGCUUCCGAUAUGUGAUAUACAUUCGAUUUAGAGAUCUAAACCACUAUGCUGAAGAGACCACACUCCGAGAAGUGUUUUUCGAUUUGCAUACAAAUUUGGGGGAUGAAGCGGACACGAUAUUUUCCAACGCGAAGGAGACAUUGUUCGUGAUGGAUGGCUUGGAUGAGUUUGCGAAGCCUCUUGACUUUCAGAGACCCUGCAGUGACCCUAACAGUAGGAGAAGCGUGGAGGCGAUUCUUGCCGGCCUACUGGAGGGAAGGCUUCUGACGGGCGCCUCGUUUCUGGUGACAACCAGACCCAUCGCCCUGCAGCAGCUCGCUUCCAUGAAGAUCAAACGAAGUUCGGAGAUCAUGGGCUUUUCGCCUGAAGAGCGCGAGAAGUUCUUUUGUAAAUUCCUCAGAGAUGAAGCGCUGGGAAGACAGGCGCACGGCAUAUUGCAGCAGUAUGAGAUCCUCAGCAUUCUGUGCUGCAACCCGGCUUUUUGCCAGAUAGCAGCCAUCACUCUCAAGUCAUACCUGAAAGAUCGCAAAUCUGACAUAUUCAUGCUGACCUCCAUGACCGACCUCUUUACAAAGUACACGUUUGUUCUCGUUCGACACCACAACAAUGGCUGCGGUGGUAGGAGCGCCAUCAACGCCAAGGAGACGAUAAGAGGGCUGGCUAACAUGGCUUUCAAAGGCGUUCAGGAAAACAAUCAGCUGUUCAGCGGAAUGCACCUGCAAGAAUUCAGCAUCGAUUCCGAUCGCGUGCAGGAAACUUUUCUUAGUGAGGUUUUCAAAUGCGAAGGCGUUAACGUCUCCAAGAGCUAUUCGUUCUCCCACCUGACAAUCCAAGAGUACUUCGCGUCUCUGGCUGUUUAUCUGCCACAGCCCAAGCUGCCCGUUCCUGCUGUCAUUGAGGAAAUCGAGAGGUGUUCUGAUGGCCGGUUUGACAUCUUUCAGAAGUUUUUCACCGGAUUAGCGUCAGGCAUUCAUUGGAAAACGCUCGCCGAAAUCCUCGACCAUCCAUCCGCGGACUCCCAGCGUGAGAUCAUCCAGUGGCUCAAACGCAGGGUGAAGGCCAGCGACCCCAACAAGCGCAGGCUCAUUAGCCUACUGCACUGCCUGUACGAGCUGCAAGACCCCGACGCCAUUCGCGAGAUCAUGCAGACAAGAGAGUCGCUGGAUCUGUCUCGUACUCCACUCAACCCGUUCGACUGCACAGCCCUCUCUUACGUCCUGCAGAGUCGGAACAGGCCUCUUGAGAAACUAAACCUCUGGGAUUGUGGCAUCAGCGACAAAGAAUUGGUGAGGCUGCAGCCCACGAUACAGAGAUGUCACGAGCUGUGGUUUGGAAGUGAAUCAUUUGGAGAUAAUGGAGUAGAGCUCAUGGCCAAGUAUAUGGAAGGGAGCAGUGGACAUCUGGAGGCGUUAAUCAUGGACUCGUGCUGUCUCACCUCCAAGUCGAUCCCGGCUCUCCGGAACAUCAUCACCUUAAACCCAAACCUUAAAACGCUCAUGCUUUCCGGAAAUGACCUGGGGGAUAAAGCAAUGGAGGAUCUUGCUCAGGAGAUGCAGACACAUCCCAUGAGACUGGAAAAACUCUACUUGAACAAAUGUUCUCUGACGGACAAAUCAAUUCCUGCCCUGCAUCAAAUCCUCACCACUAACCCUUGCUUCGACUGGGUCUCGUUAAUUGACAAUAAAUUCAGCCCAGAAGGUAUUUUCAGACUGAAGGACAUGAAGCAGACAGGGCAGAAGCUCUACAUUCAGCUGAAUUGACCGGCGCCAGCAUCAGUGAGAGUCCCUCAAUCGCAUGGCACCUCGGUGGUGAAUGAUUAUAACGUGGGGAAUUAUUCAAAUGCGGCAAUGUUGAAGGCACCAGCUGAUGUCUAACAUUCCACAUAUUGCUUCAAGCCAGCAUUCAGAAAAGUCAGUGAUCUGCUGCUCAAAUGAGCAUUGAGGCAGUGCUCAUCUUCUAUUUAUACACCUUUGAGCCAAUUUUGGAUAUUCCACAUUGCUAUGGCUCUAGGAUUUGGUGUUACAUGUUAUUUAUGUAGUUUAUUGUAAAAAUUCGGUCACAGUCCCUGUGAUCACUGUUACGUUGCAAUUAUGGCUUUAU